UAAAAAAUUUGAAAGGAAUUAUAAUAUUAAUAAAUUAAUUAAGAACCAUUAAAAGCGCUUAACACACACACGCUCGCACACGUACCGAAGAAGCGCCCAUAGACGGUGUUAUCGCCUAAAUGAAGUUAACAUAUUGUCAAAUUGGUAAAUUUUUUCUGCUGCUGACAGCUUUCUUCCUACUCCUCGACUCCCGACCAUUGAUGGGCGUGCUUUGUGCCGCAAAAGAAGAAGAAGAAGUUGCCAUUGAGCGCAGUGGAAGUGCUUUGAAUGCAGCAGCAGCUGCUGGUGAGCUGACAUCAGCGACGAAAAUAACAGGAAAAAGACAGACCACAGCAAAUUCAAACGUAACAGCUGUCCAAGCGGUGAUUGUUGCCGUGGAUUGCAGGACCAACAACAACAAUAAGGAAAGUGUUAAUAACUGCGGGAGCAACGUUGACAUUGCCGUUAAUGAGAAAAGGCAGCAACAAGAGAUUCAGCAGCGCUCAGCAAUUAAAGAGGUAAACAAGCUAGGCGUUGUUGUCUCUGGAAACGCUAACACGAUACUAAGAGACAACACGACGAAACUUAACGAUUUGUUGCAUGCAACAACCAUUAGACAAAAUGCUAGCGAAAAUUUGAACCUCACAUUGGAGACAGCUGACUUGCAAAAACCUCAAGCUGAGAGAGCAAGCGCACAAGCAACACAAAACCAGACAACAGCGCACUUAGACCACAAAUUAAUUACAACAAUAAGAGCAACAAAAUUGAACAAAAUCUCCAAAACUAAACCUGCAGUACUUGUGGGGGCAACAACGAAAGACGAAAGUAUUGGAAAAAUCAAAAUUGGAAAACAUGUUGCUGAAAUUUAUAUCGCAACAACAACAGAGACAACAACAACGCAUACACAACAGUCAGCAGAGAAAAGUACAGAGCAACAAGUGCAACAGCCGCACAGGCAGCAAUACUACCAAGCAGAGCCAGCGCAUCAACCGCGACAGCAAUUCGAUACUAUACGGCUGCCAAUAAUAGUAACAAAAACAACAGCAAUAGCCCAAUCAGCAUCGAGUUCGGCGACAGAACACUCGAGUACACUUCUAGGCACCGAAAAGAAGAAGUUGGAAAAGUUUGCGGCCAAAAUGUCAAAGCAACAGUUAGAACAGCGGGAAUCAAAACAGAAAAUACAGCAACAACAACAGCAGCAUGAACAACAACGAGAGAAAUACCAGCAAAACUCAAGUAAAGAUGUGAAAAGCGAAAAACGCGAAGUAAAAGUACAAAACAGCGCACAACAAGAGACCGCACAAAAGCCACUUGAAGUGGCACUCGAGCAAGCGCGGCAACAGAUACAAAUACAAACCAAAAAACUACAACAACGUCAUAAUCAGCAAGGUGAUGCACAACAAUUGCUCAAUAUAAAGCCACUACCAGCACGAAACGAACAGCCACAACAACAAAACCACAUAAAACAGCCAGAGGCAGAUGAGCAGCUGCAACAGGAUAUUCCGCACGUGUCACCUUUGCAGCAGACAAAGCGUACACGAAAACAACAACAGCACUCCAAUGGACGAGAAAAAAGCGUCGGCGUUUUAAUUCCAUCACGCAUAUUGGACGUAUCGCAAGUACAGCUGGGUUUUCACAUUUUUCUGGAAUUCUUUCACGUCAAUCUGCAGAAUGUCAGUGUCGAUUUUAUACGUGAUGAUGAUUUAAGUGGCUUCAUUAAAUUCCUCGAACAUCCGAAAUAUACCACUGUGGUGAAAACCUUAAAUGCCGGGAUUAAUUUCGCCGCCGAUGAGUUGCCGUGGAAUGGCGAAGCAACGGUCGCGGACGCAUCAACAGCAGCAGAAACUGUAAUAACAGAAACAGAAGCAAGACAAAGUCAACGAAGACAAGCACAUCAACAGCAGCAAUCAGUAACACCAACAUAUAUUAAUAAUGCAACAGUGACUUCCUUCAAGGCUGGCGAAAUGAGAAAGUCAUCAACGUCAAGUAAUUCGCCACUUGUCGCCUACUGUCAGUUGGCUGAGCAGCUGUCACGCGAUUAUAAUAAAACAGUACUCAUUUGGCCAUGUCCGCAAAUGAAGGAAUCUAGCAAUUUUCUACCCUCAUUUGAGGCAAUUUCCUUUGCUGUGAAGAGUAUUGCAACAAAACUUAAUUGGACUCAUGUUGACAUUUAUGUUGGCG